CUUCAAUUUGGGAGACUGUUAUAAAGGGAACAUGAAAUGGUCCAUGUAACAAAAGCAUACACAAAAGUUUUUAACUUUUAAGUCCCAAGAGCAAAGCAGCAUUCUUAGGAGAGACAAUGAGUGGUUUUGGUGCAGUUGAGUGGCUUAGACCCCUUGUUAAGACCAAUGCUUGGGAUUAUAUAGUUGUUUGGAAAUAUGGGGAUGACCCAACAAGGUUCAUUGAGUGGAUAGGUUGUUGUUGUAGAGGGAGUUGCAGUGUGAACAUUGAUGUGGUGAGGCCAAAAGGGGAAAAGAGUGAAGUAUGCCACUUGGCUCCCAUUUGCAGGGAUAACCAUAUUCAGCAUCAAGUUAGAACAAAGGCUUGUGAGGCUCUUGCUCAGCUUCCUUUUGCAUUGUCUCUCUAUUCUGGUGUGCAUGGAGAGGUUGCCAUAUCACAACAAUCAAGAUGGCUUACCCAGGACUCAAUUGGAACCCAAGUUUUGAUCCCGAUUGUUGGUGGCCUUAUUGAGCUCUUCACUGAAAAACUGAUUCCAAUGGAUAUGAAUAUGAUAGAGUUGAUAACAGCACACGGUUGUGUCUCUUCAAAGCAAGAAGCCAUAUCUGCACAGAGCUACACGACUCUGAACAUCAAUGAACACUUGCCAUUAAGGGAACAAUACUCACAGUGGAGGCCACCACACAUGUCAACUUUAAAUCCUAGUGUCCACCAGCCUGCAACAAAACAGUGCAACUCCCAUCCUAGCAUUGAAGGGCCCUCCAAUGGGUCUAAUCCAUCAACUGAAGAACCAUCACUGGAUUCAAAGUUUGCUUGCUUGAUUCCACAUGAAUAUAUUAAACAGCCAUCUAAAAUAUCUUCCAUCCCCAAAACCAAAAUGCCCAAGUACAAUAAAACUUCAGGGAAACAGAAGGGAGGUUUGACUUCCCUUUGUAGAAAUGGGGAAGAUAAAUCAAAAUUGGACAAGGAGCCUCAUAAGGAAUGCUACCAGGCUAAAAAUCUUGUCACAGAGAGGAAUAGGAGGAACAAGAUAAAGAAGGGGCUUUUCACUCUGCGGUCUCUAGUCCCCAAGAUAACCAAGGUAUAUAAACUGCAUAACUUAAAAGCAUGUUAA